AUGCCUGUUACAAAGUUUUCUACGCCUGAGAAGUACGAGUACCUCAAUGGCUUUGAUUCAUUCCACGAGCAAGUCCCUCUUCACCUUGACUUGAGAGUAGCUAAUGGGAGUAGAUCUGAGUCUAUCAAGGGAGCCCUGCCAAUAGGCGCUAACUCACCCCAAAAGCCCCCGUACGGCUUGUACGCCGAGAAACUCUCCGGCACAGCAUUUACAGCUCCCCGGCAUGAGAACCGGCAAACAUGGCUGUACCGCAUCCUCCCUUCGGCGUCACACUCAACGUACAAACGCUUCACUGACCCCUCAUCCCCAAUUCUCAAAGCCAAACUGAACUAUGAGCCCCAGCAACUCCGCUGGGAUCCAUUUGACAUUGAUGAAAAAGUCGAUUGGGUUCGUGGUCUAAAGCUUGUAUCCGGCGCAGGCGAUCCCACCGUCAAAUCCGGUCUUGGAAUCUACGUCUUCGCCGCGGGGAGGGACAUGGACGCUAAUACAGCGAUGUAUUCCUCCGACGGUGAGAUGCUUAUCGUCGCGCAACAUGGAGUCUUGGAUAUUCAGACUGAGCUGGGACGAUUGCUUGUGCGACCGAAUGAGAUUGCUAUUAUUCCUAGGGGAGUGAGGUAUAGAAUUACAUUGCCUGAGGGGCCGGUGAGAGGGUAUAUCCUUGAGCUGUAUCAGGGACACUUUCAACUCCCGGAGUUGGGACCUAUUGGAUCGAAUUGUCUGGCGAAUCCGCGGGACUUUCAGAUUCCUGUUGCGGAUUUUGAGGAGGAUACGAAGAGUACUUGGACGAUUUUGAAUAAGUUCAACAAUGAGCUUUUUGUCGCUGAGCAGGGACAUACCCCGUUUGAUGUUGUUGCGUGGCAUGGAAAAUAUGAUGCUACGUUUGUUGAGAGUCGCUUUUCUGUUAUAGGCAGCACAUCCUUCGACCACCCCGACCCCUCCAUCUUCACCGUCCUAACCGGCCCCUCCGACCAUCCCGGCACCGCCAUCGCCGACUUUGUAAUCUUCCCCCCGCGCUGGCUCGUGCAAGAAGACACAUUCCGCCCACCGUGGUACCACCGCAACACCAUGUCCGAGUUCAUGGGGCUCAUCUGCGGGCAGUACGAUGCCAAGACUGGCGGUGGUUUUCAACCUGCGGGUGCUAGUCUGCACAAUAUUAUGACAGCUCACGGUCCGGAUGCUGAUUCGUAUGAGAGGGCGAGUAAUGCGGAGUUGAAGCCUGUCAAGGUUGGGGAGGGGAGCAUGGCGUUUAUGUUUGAGAGUAGUUUGAUGUUGGGGAUUACGGAUUGGGGGUUGGAGACUUGCAAGAAGGUGCAGCCUGAUUAUAAUAAGCAUAGUUGGGAGGAGCUCAAGGUGCACUUUAAGAGGCCGUCCUAG